AUGCUCAAUGGUAACUUAAGAUCAGCUACCCUAAGUUUGACUUUAAAUGAACUUUUCCCCUUUGGAAAUGACACAGGAGACACAGAAAUGGAACGCAAUGAUGAUGGAAGUAGUCCGGGAAUUAUUUUAUCAACUCCUUUCCCAUUUUUCAAUCAACAAAAUCCAAAAUUGUUUGUAAACACAAAUGGAGUUAUUUCAUUUCAAAAAGCUGUAAGUUCAUAUUCUGCAUCACCCUUUCCCAUUGCUAAUGAUGUAGGAAUGAUAGCUCCGUUCUGGACAGAUAUUAACACGAACAAUGGAGGGACAAUUUGGUACAGGGAGUCUGUAAACUCUACUUUACUAGACAGGGUGAGCGAAGAAGUUCGAGCUUAUUUCCCUCAGUUCUACAGAUUCAAAGCUUCGUGGAUAUUCAUUGUGACUUGGGAACGUGUCGCAUUUUAUGGUUGCAACUCUUCACCUUGUUCGAAGACAAACACUUUUCAAACAAUUCUGAUAUCCAAUGGACAAAAUUCAUUCACUAUUUAUAAUUACGAACAAAUUCAAUGGACGACGGGUACAACAGCUGAUGGUAACGCUAUGACUGGAUUGGGAGGAACUCCAGCACAGAUUGGAUUUAACGCUGGAGAUGGCAUAGUCUUUUACAUGUUAAAUGCGUCACGAACUGAUGACGUUGUGAAUGUGGACGAAAUGUCAAACGUUGGAUUACCAGGGAAAUUUGUGUUCAGAGUAGACGCUUCCGUUAUCACUAAAGGAGGAUGCACCACUGAAGGUAAUCUGACGAUUACUCCUCGAUAUGGUCCACUUUUAGGGGGUCAGUAUUUAGUCCUCAGUGGUCCGUGUAUUGAAGACACUGGAAACAUAACGGCUACUUUCCAGGGAUCCAGAAAAUACAGUUGUGAAAGACAAUCAAAAUUCAGCAUGGUUUGCAUUACUCCUAUAUUCAAUUACACAGGCGAUGUUAUCAUAAGGAUAGAAAUUGAGGACCAAGGUGUGAAAAAUUUAUUUCGAGGUCUCUACACAGUCGUUAACCCUGCGGACAGCGAGCAUAGAGUCUUCAGACAAAACAAUUCUGAAUGGUUCACGGGACAACAGUCAAUAUCUUGGGACCCGGAUGUAACAGAACUUCAGCAGAAUGACACUGUGGAUAUUUAUCUGUUCUCUUUAGUAGAAGACAACAAUCGUCAUUUGACAUGGAAAACCCAAAUUAAGGGAGACCCCCAUAUAACUACGUUUGAUGGAUUUAAAUAUACAUUUAAUGGUGUUGGAGAAUUUAUGCUUAUGAAAACUGUAGACGGAUCCUUUCAAAGUCAGAUACGGUUUGAACAGUUUCGAAAAGAGAAUGGUAAUUUGGUAGAUGCAAGUAUAUGCACUGCCUUUGCAUCACAAGAUUUAAACAGCUCUGUGGUUGUAGAAGUCCUCUUAAACUCAAUCAGAACUGCAGAUGUUUUAGUUAAUGGAAAUGUGAUUGAUUUUGAUGAGACCAAUCCUCAUCAUGUUGAAGGAAUUACGGUAUCACAGUUUACAACUAAUUCAACAAGCGUUAACACAACCAACAGGGAAUUUAUUAUAGCUUUUGCCUCAUUUGGUAUUUCUUUUAAAGCCAUAGCGAGUUCCAGUAUGCUUAAUAUUCUUCCAGUGAUAGGAAAUAGUUCACUGUUCGGAAACCUACGAGGCCUUCUUGGGGAUUUUGAUAAAGACUCAAGCAAUGACUUAAAAUCACCAACAGGGGAGAUUUUACAUCCAAACUCAACAUCGGAGAAGAUAUACGAUAGAUUUGGGAAUCAAUGGAGAAUUGCUGAAAAUGAAUCAUUGUUCACUUAUGGAUCUGGAAAGUCCUACAGUGAUUAUCAAAAAUUAUCUUUUCGUCCGACAUUUGAUCUACCUACAAAUAUUUCCGCGGAAGCUGAAGAACUAUGUGUUGGAGACGAGGAAUGUGAGUUCGAUUACGUCCUGACAGAAUCUGCUGAAUUUGCAGUUGAAACUUGGAAGUUAUCUGUCCUUUUUAAUUCUUCUAUUGAGGCUUCAUAUGAGAUAAGAACAUGUGACAGUUUACCAGUCAUUAUUGGAGGUGUUUGGAAUGCUUCAAACACAAUACAUGUGGAAGGGUCUAUUGCUACUUUGUCUUGCUGUCCUGAAUAUGAAGCACAAGGAGAAAAUUAUAAUACCACCUGCACAAACGGCUCUUGGAGUGAAUUAAGAAACUUUCUGUGUCAUUUACCUGGAUCAAUUACUACAAAGUUUCCAAUUCAGCAAAUAGACGAUUUUAUUAAAGAAUAUUACAAAUAUUUUAUCAUCAUUUGUGUGGUUGUUGUUAUGUAUUCUGUAUUAAUAGGCGUUUUCAUCUAUAGGUAA